GGUGUUUGACAUCCUAUGACGAUGGUCACGCCAAAACCUCAUAGUGUACCUAGCCCUCACUUUAAGGCUGAGCUGGAAGCACUCUCUCUAUACAUUGAACGAGCCGUUUGUGCGCAUAAGUUUUGGGAGAGUCUGAGAGCACAGGGUCGUCCACCAACACACGAUCGAUGACAGACGGUGAACUCAGUGAGGGCACUGUGCUUAACUCAGCCUUUUUGCAUUCAGCCUUUGUUCUCGUACUGUGUCCAUGGUACUCUGCUUCAGUCGGUCUUUCUAUCAUGCCUCUUCAACAAGGGUAGAGCGGUCAUCCCCCCUCCAAGCCUGGUUUAUUUGCAUUCAUGAUCCAUCAUAUCAUCCCUCGAGGUCAUCGCCCGCACAAAUUCUGUUAGACGAAGGGGACCACAAGGAGGAAGACACCCGCACGUGGUUUUUGUAGCUGCAUACGAGGAGGAAACUCUGCUAUGACAUGUGUGGGGAGCAUGGUGGCAGGUACGACAUCACAAAAGCGCGGUUGGCUAUUCCAUUUUUGCAUGUAACAUAUUAUUCCCCCUACACACCUGCAGCUCGAGGGGGAAAGAGCAAGGCAUGCCCAGCCAAGGAGUGCAUACGACGGCAUGAGGUAGGCUAUUAGGGUAGAUCAACAUUUUCCUCUGGACGUGGGAAAACGCGUGGGGUGCUGGAGUGCAUGAGGGGGUGGGGUGGGCGGUCGAGAGCUUCUUCAGAACAUUGAAAGACGUGCACAUUUUUUGGGACAUAGGCUUGAGAGUAGAAUCAACCUUGGUUCAGUGGGCCUGAUAUCGAUUAUGCUGGGCGGGCAACGGAGAGGAGGGGUGGUUGGUCCUUCGCCUCCCUGCAGGACAUCAUUUCAGUAGACUGAGGUGGUUGGCGAGGAGUAAGGAGGUUCCUUGUAUGCGCAGCGGAGAGGUGGGUAGCUGGCUUCUCGGUGUUUUGGGUAUGGUGCAAACAAUUCUUGCCUUCGCGGCAGCGCUGGUUGAUAGCUAUUUAGGUUGAUGCAAGUGAGAAUGAACUUUGAGAGGACAGCGGUCGAGAAGGGAGUCGAACGCAGAGAGUGGUGAGUUGUCGGCACGGGCGGAUGAACGUGUCGGAGAAAUGGGUGAGAAAUCUGCGGCGGGCCGCAAUCAGGGCUAAGGGAAGGGAGACGGCAGCAAUCUUAUUGAGGGCAAGACAAAGUACAGGCGAUCUUUCGAGACUGGUGAUGAGAAAACUUUGCCUCUGUCAGUGAGUACGGACGGACCUGGCAAGACGUCACAUUCGAGCAGGCAGGGCGUGCAGGUUACGUUGGCCAGAGAGGAGGACCUGGAGCAAGAAGCAGGCAGUGUUCGGGAGUGCAGGUUCGCAGUAUUUGGGUGGGUGGGAUAUGGCAGAAGUGCAUUUGCACAUUUAUAGUCUUUGAAGACGGGUGCUGGUGAUGAUAGCAACAAGUGCUGUGGGUAUAUUUCCCAGAGCGAUUGGUAGGAGAGAAUAUUUCUUGACUCGACACACAUAAAGGAGGUGGUUCAUACAGCAGAAAAAUUGUGAACGUACUGGGCACAAGGACGGUGCUGCAUGUGGGAGAAGUUUUUCCGGACGUUGCUCUCAAGGGGGGAGCUUCACACAGUGGAGGAAAUUUUCUGAGAUUCACAAGCAAAGGUUCGUGGUGGAAAGAUGGUAAAAGACCCAUAAUUUCUGGAUUUCACAUACAGGAGCUGUUGUUAUGCAACGUUAAGAGACCAAGGAAGCUGCACUCGCAUACAUAAGAACGCUUGUGGAACAGGCAGCUAGCAGACUGACAGGCUUAAGGUGUGUGCAGGUAGAAAGGGGGAGGAAGAGGUGUACGCUGCGAGUACUUGAGCAGAACACGACCGUUCUAUCGGACAGACCUGUGAUACUUGGAGCUCGAAAAAAAAAGUGUUUGUGAGAGUUAUGGACGGGAGAGUUGUGACAAGAACUUUGGCUGUUGCUAAUCGGGCGAAUCCAUCUGCAGGACAGGUGUUCGAGGGAGCUAACCAUGUUUUUUCAGGAGAAGGCAAGAAGAGCUUCGAACCAUGCAAUUGGCCAACACAGCCUCAUUUAACAGGAGCGGUCGAGAGUGCGCUCGCAGCAGCGGCAAAGCAAUGUUUUCCGUCAAUGUCAACAGUUGACCUGGGUGUUGGAGAACUCGGCAGUCUUCCAACGACGCACAAAAAUCCUGCAAGCAUCCAUGUUUCCACAAAUGCACCCGGAUGUCAGUCAGAAGAUGUUGCUGGAAUGGAUGUGGAAGAGGGGAGCGAUCAUGCCAUUGAAAGAAAUGGGGAGGGCAAGGGAGAAAAGACCAGCUUGCAGUCUUCGUCAAUCGCGACUUCAGGUCUCCUGGGGGUAACUGCAUGUAGGAGUGAAGCGGGUCUUUCUGCCAGUGCAAUGCAAGCGGCUGUGAACGAGGUGGCUGGUGAUGUUGUUAAGGGCGGCGAAGGUGCUUCUUGUGGCGCAAAUGGGUGUACGGGGCCAGCGUCCUGCUUCCACAAGGAGGAUACUUGUAGUAGUCUCAUGAUCUGCAGCCAUGCUCAACCUGGGAGUGCUUCCAGCACUAUAUGCACCCUGAGCUCAUGCCCUCCUCCAAUGUGCAUGUACUGUUGCAAGAUGCUUAAAGGCGGAGCUGAUCGCACUCGGCAGAAUGUCACAGCCGUUGUACAGAACCUUGAUAGGUGUCCCCAGUGGCCAAAUGCCCAGAAAGGUGUUGGGCACCAGCAGAGGUGGGUGCCAUCUGGGCUUGCAUCAAGCACAAGCAGCUGUGGGCAGCAGGGGAGCAGCCAGGUAUCCGAGGUCCACGAGCCGUUGGGCGACUUGCUGCAUGGUUGUGUGGAAAACGAGUACCUGUCUUCAAAUGCAUCAGAUGAUGAUGGCUUUUCGGACGACUUUUUCAACAAUAGCAACAUGAUGGGACCGGACGCUAAUGUUAAUGUUACGUCGGAUUGCAGCGAUGACGAUCAAUGUGGCAUGCUUAGAGUUCCAUCUAGUCAAUCGGGAUUGACUCUGAGCAAUGUGUCUGAAAUGGAGACGAUGUCAAUGAUGAAGGGGAGCAAGAGUUGCAUUCUGCCGAUGACGAAUAACAAUACCAUCGAAGGUGAACUGGGUGAGAGCAUGGACUUCCCGAGCGAUGAUGGUUUUCAAGUUGGCAGCACCGACCAUUGGCUGAGUGAGCACGGUGAUAGAGAUUAUGGCAGCAGAGGAAAUGUGUACGACGAUUCUCAGAAGAGAAGUAGAGACGAUUCGGUCGUUAUUACCAAGCUCAAAGGGAUUGGGGAUCCUCCGUCUUCCUCUCCGCUGCCAAAGCUGAAGAGGCAAUGCGUAGAGGGACGUGUCCAUCCUGAUUCGAGGGGUGGAAAUGCGUCAAGCAAUGGUGUUCCCGGAGUCAGUGGGGGGGGGAUCAAAUCUACGUGCACAUGGAAGGUUAGCGCGAAUUCCGCUCGUGCAACACAGCCAUCAGAUGACAACGCGCGUAGCUGUCAGCAAGGCGACAUGGAAAGUGGGAGCCCCUUGGGAGGUGAUUGCAUUCAAGCACCGUGUCCUCGCAUGGGUUUUGAGAAGCAAAAUGUGUGUUCGCGUGCGGAGAGCAGCAUCCAGGUCUGUCUGCAACAUCAGCAGGAUUGCGAGAUGGUGCCCCUUUGUGGGACGCCAUUAGAUCAGUACGGCUUGCACGCUGGGGGUCAGCAGCCAGUUGGUUGCACAUUGCCAUUGCCAGGAGAACACGGGAAUCGUCUGCCGUAUACUGUGGAAGAGCUGGCAAGUACCCUUGCCCCUGCCGGCACAUCGGCAGAUGUAGCACCAGGGAUUGCAGACGUGAAGGGCGUUGCGAUUUCAACCAAUAGCACUAUAUCUUCGACGAUUCCAGGUGACAAAAGCUGUGACGACUUCACCAAGAGCAAGGUAGAUAGCUCAUGGAGACGGACAGGCUCUGUGGCAUGCUCUAGCAGUACGCAUAACAUGUUUGGCGGCUCCAUAUGCGAGGGAGCUGCUCCAGCAGUCACAGUUUCAACGUCAAUGCCGAUGCUCACUGCAACAAUGAGUUUGCCUGCUGCGACCAAGGGUGUUUCGACAUCCAUGCCGAUGCUUACUGCAAAGUUGAUGCCGGCGAUUUCUGCGACCGUAACUUCCUCUUCUGUAGGUGCGAGUGCAACAAGCCUGGGUAUUCCUGGCACAGGUAUUGCAGUUAACGGUUUGACUUUCGAUACAAAUCCCCAACCCGCUGUUUCCCCGUUGAUGACAAUGGACCUGCCGCAGUGCUUGAAAGAUGAAUGCAACGCAGCUGAGAGAUGCUGUGCGACAACUUUGCCAGUAGGCAGCAGUCCAAAGAGUCUGUUCGCUGAGGGAGGAAUUGUGUGUGCAGAAUUGGAAUUGUCCCAACAGACGCCAGGUGAGCUUGGCAGACGACCGUCUAGGAUGUCCGAGAAGGGUGGCAAAGUUUGCAGGGUGGAGGGUUGCGGUAAAGGUGCCAGAGGAAGCUCGGGUCUGUGCAUUGCGCACGGCGGUGGAAGACGGUGUGAAUAUCCAGGUUGUAACAAGGGAGCCGAGGGUCGUACGUCCUUUUGCAAGGCCCACGGCGGAGGCCGCAGGUGUCAGAAAGAGGGCUGCAAGAAGAGUGCCGAAGGUAAGACCCCCUUCUGCAUUGCCCAUGGUGGCGGUAGGCGCUGUGGGUACGAGGGUUGUGAGCGCAGCGCUCGAGGGAGCUCUGGCUUCUGCAUCCGACACGGCGGUGGGAAGCGCUGUUCGAUGGAGGGUUGCAAUCGCAGUGCCGAAGGCCACUCAGGACUCUGCAUCUCUCAUGGUGGCGGCCGUCGCUGCCAAUUUCCCAACUGCACCAAAGGCGCUCAGGGAAGCACUAAAUAUUGUAAGGCUCACGGAGGUGGCAAACGUUGUACUGCUCCUGGGUGUAACAAAGGAGCGGAGGGGAAAACUCCAUUCUGCAAGGCGCACGGCGGCGGUAAGCGGUGCCAAUACGGUGGCAAGGGCGAAUGCAAAAGAAGCGUACACGGUGGUACAGACUUCUGCGUUGCACACGGUGGAGGAAAGCGAUGUGCCUUCGCAGGGUGUACAAAGAGUGCGCGUGGGAAGACCGCUUACUGUGUCCGGCAUGGCGGUGGAAAACGGUGCCAGUUCCCGGGCUGCGGAAAGAGUGCUCAAGGCAGCACAGACUUCUGCAAGGCUCAUGGCGGUGGAAAGCGUUGCAUAUGGGGAAGCAUUACAGGCGGUGAAAAAUGUGACCGAUUCGCAAGAGGAAGGACAGGACUUUGCAGUGCCCAUGCCGCCAUGCAGAGAGAGGACCACCUACCGUUACCCCAAACGGCUUUGAACUGUAUGGGCGUGGUCAUGCCCGGUGGUGCUGUGCCGCCGCCUGUUGGCGUAAGCGGAGGUGGUGUAGGUCCCGGCCCUUUCCCAAAUGUGCUUCCUUCUAAUACCUCGCAACUGAAUGCGGCGGGUGAAAAUCAGUCUCAUGCGGGGUUGUCGUCCUCUGAUCAGAUAUCAAAUGCAGCAUCUACGUAUGGGAUGGCUCCUCUGACGUCAUGUAAUGGAAUUGUCAAGUCUGCACAGCCGGCAAGCAUGGUUGAGACUGAUAUCCCUGCCAUAGGAUCUGCCCGAUUAAGGGUCAAUCCGGGGCAUGUAGAUAAUGGGCUUGGGAGAGGUGGCAUUGUGGAGCGCGUGGGUACCAUCAACGGGAUCACGGCAGGUCCACGACUGUCGUUGUGUAUGCCUCUCAGUGGUAUCAGACCGAGCAACAUGAUGGUUGAUGUGGCUGCCUCAACUGCCAUCACCGUUGAUGCGAAUGCUUCAGCAGUUGGGAUAAACUCCAAUCCCUCGUCGCUGAAAUUGCCUGACAAUGCUAUUGGUGGUAAUCUUCCGUCCGGCACACCCAAUGCAGUUAGCAGUUGCUUUUCGCCACCACUGGUUUGCGUCUCUGAGGGCUUUGGGUUGCAAGGGGUGCAACGGCUUCCCGUUCAGAAGGUAGGGGGCUCUGGAUGCGAGUUUGCUCCCACUCUCUCCGCGACUGGAUUGACUACUGUCGACAUCUCCUCCAACGUACCUGUGUUGGCUCAGGGUGCAUCUAGAAGGAUGAACCCUGUUGAUGUGGGCGAUUCACCGGCAAACAUGAGCAUGAGGAGCCUAAGCUCUGCAAACAACAGACGGUCUUGUCAGUUGGACAGGCAACUGCAGUUUACAGGCUCUGACAAGUUCCCAGAUGAUAUGGAUGUCUCUCAAGCUUCGGAUAGAAUGACAUACAUGCCAGCAACUAGAGCGAAGAAUGCGAUGCCUCAGGCUCUGAUGAUUGAUUCGGGGUCGGCGGGAGGAAGCUGCGCUCGACCGUUAACGAAGUCAAGCAGCACACUGGAGUCUCUUCAGCAGGGAGCAGCUGGGAAUGGGUCAUUAAUGAGAAUGCUCAAUGGAGAAGGAGGGACAGUGCAAGGAAACCAUCUUCGGGGCAUUUCGGCUGUGAACGUUGACAUGGAAGCUGGCGUGGGCAUCAGCAGCAGCAUGCCCAUGCCAGCUUCAAUGUCAUCGGGACGGACCAUACAUGAAACCAACAUGCUCGUACCAAAGGCUGCGCAGGCACCGCUUGGUAUGGCAGGUGUGACUUCCUCGAUGAUGAUGGGCAUGACUGGGCUCGAUGCAGUGGCCAUGACAGUUUGUGCAACAUCUUUCGGGCUGGAAGCUCAAACCUCCUUUGCGGCAAAUGGGACCUGUGCAAAGGUAGGGGAUAUGGGGAUGAGGCAAUUGAUCACUCCCCUUGGAAUUGGAACAAGCCUGAGCAUGCAGCAGGCGCGCCCCCAUGUGACGAGCGUUGGGGGAAGUGCGCCGUCUGCAAGCUAUUGUUUAUAAGAACCGUAUUUUUGACCUAGACAUGUGAAUUUUGAGGCAACAGCAGGUGUAACGAUCUGGAGGGGGUAGUAGGGUUCAUGGGGGGGAUUGGAUGCGUGAUUGGUUGCUGGGGGUUCUUGGCGGGGUUGUCAUGUAUGUGUAUGCUUCUGCACAUUCAUCAGGGGACGGGGUGCUUUGGGGCAGUGAAGGGUCUGUGUUAUUGUGUCCUGAGCUAGGGGUUGAAGAGGGAAGUGCAGGGAGCCGGCAGAGAGGAGGGCGGGGGGGGGGGGGGGGGGRGGGUUCGUAGGUGCUUUUGACCGGGGUGGUGGGGAAGGGAGUUAAGGGGAUUGGAAAGAACUGGGAAACAGCGGGGGGUGGGGUAUUUCAAGAGAAUGUGGGGCCUUUGUGGGGGGGGGGGGGGAGGGGGGGGGUAAGACAGGAGGGUGAUGCGUUGAAGAGCAGUUGGUACCACAGCUGAAGACAGGUGUUGUCCACAUGCAUGCAGUGCCCCUGGACAGGAGGAGAGGCCAGGAACAGUGAUGAUCUUGUACAGCAUGCGAGCGUCUAGACAUGUGGUGAUCAACGGAUACAGAGGUUUUCCAGAUUGAGUCGUUUUGAUUGACAAUUUGAUGCAGUGUACACAGGAAGCAGUCGCAGUGAGGAGGAGGCCUUUCGAGGGAGUUGGCGACAGGUAGCAGUUAGAGCGGUGGAUGUGUGUACGUUUCAGAACGACAUGGGAGAAAGAGGGGGAGAGCCUUGAGAAUUGUUCGGUUAAGAACAUCCACACUGGUCAGGCUGUCGUUGCGAGGUGUACGAGGAAGAGAUGGAAGUGAAAUGUUGUCCUGAAUAUAUGUUGGAUAUUCCCCUGCUCAAGGAGGCAAAUGUCAGAGAUGGUACCGUCGACUUCAUCUAGUUGUGGCGCGAGUUUGACAACUCCUUAGUUCAUCAGAAAGCUAGUUAGUAGGUAACUCAACACCCUGAUAUUCUUCUCUUGCACUUUCAGCACUCGGGUGACUCGUCAGAAGGAUUUAACUGACUUGAAUUCUAAUGCACACACACAGACACACACAUACACACGCAUACACACACAUACACACACAUACACACACAUACACACACAUACACACACAUACACACACAUACACAGAGCAACAAGCAACACGACACGAACACAUGCACACAUACACACAUACACACACGUACACACACAUACACAGAGCAACAAGCAACACAACACGAACACAUGCACACACGCAAACACACUUAAUGCACACAAGAAGAUAGAUAACUGCAGGUGACUCAUUCACAAUGCCGGAAACUCUUUUCUUUCCCUCCCCCCCGCCCUGCCCACCCCCUCUCACAAGUUGUAGGUGUCUCCCUAGGGUGCAUCUGGAGGAAUAAAUCAAGCUUCUAGAGAUUGGAAUGCUGGGCCAGUUAAAGCUGGCUAACAGGCAUGUGCGAGCUUUAUUAACUACUAUGUGCUAGGGGUUUCGAUUCCAUCACAUUUGUGAAUGUAGUUUGGCGUUUUGACUGGCUCAUUUGAACUUCAGUUGCCAAGCCAGGUUGGUUUUGCUGGAGCUUCACUGUUGUAGAGAUUAUCACUGUUGUAGAGAUUAUCACACCUCUGAUAUGCUCCAUCAUUCUCGUAGAGAUAGAUUGGGUUGGUUUGGACUUCGAACAUACUUUUCUAGACGGAUCUGUUAGCAUCUUGCCACGUCUUCACUAACAUUACUUCGAUGGAUGACCUUUCGCAGGUGUCAUGUCAGGCUGCCAGCUGGUGCCCCUUGACGUACGGGUGGCAGGCACGACUGUUUCUAUGCUCACAUCACUUCAGAAGCGAAGGAAAGGAAGGUCUCAGUACACGACGAAUACACCAUGCCGUUGGGGCUGACGCAUUUGAUCGAUCCGUCUUAUUCUUGUCUACCUCUUCAAUCUUUUUGCGGGAUGGUGAUCUUCGAUGCCACGUGGCAAAGACCGUGUGCUGGUGUACCGACUGCUUUUUCCUUCAUCUGCUGCGUGAGCAUUUCAAGAGUGCACUGCUGGUCCGUUGAUCGUGCCAGAAUACUGGAGAGCAGAGAGUAUGUAGUGUGUGAUAUUCUCAUAGCUGGGCACAAUCUGUUUCUUCUUAAUGGAGUCGGUAGCGACUUCUCCCCGCGGAGUGGUUUGUUGUCGUUGGAGGAGAAGGGUCGUCGUUCUUUGGAAUGGACCUUGGACCUUGUGGGGGGGGGACUGGCAAAUGAGCCUUAGUGUUAGGUUGGUGUCGAUAGCAUUACGUCCAUGCGUAUGUUGUUUGUUGAUUGGACACGAUGUGCGGAAGUGGAGGGCUGCGAGGAUACGCCUGCAUGAAAGUGCAUCUAUAGGGGUAGCAGUCUUCCAGUUUGUGUCCCUGAUCAGGCAGGCACCUGUAUAUCUCAUUGGUGUCUAGCGUUUUACGCCUACUCUUGACUCGUAUAUCGAUCUAUUGUCACAGAGAGCUGCCUGGCGAUCUGCAGGUGGAAAAGGGAGAAAAGGAGAAAAAACAGCGGGGGGCUGUGACUGACUGUUCAUUGGAUGAUUUCCUCAUGAGGACGGUGAACCCCGAAUGAGCAGUCUGCAGAGUUCCCGAAGUAAUGUUACGCGUUAAGUGAUGACCCACCUUAACCACAGUUGAAGGUAGGUACCAACCAACCACUGCCCUUCACGCUACGCUACGCUACCUAUCAGAAAAUCAAGGCCGACCGUAUCAUACAGUAUUAAAGACAUUCCCCAUUCUUUGCAUACCACAGA